AUGACUCAGACAUCCCUCGCCUCUGCUGGCAGCACUCCCGACUCAACUGCGGCCUCAUCUGAUGAUGAGGCGAGUUCCACAGGAAAUCAGCCUGUGAUACACCCAGAUCCGACUCAACCCAUGCUUACGUCUUCCAAGGCAAGGGCCAAACAUCGCAUUGCCGCCUUGGAAGAAGAGCUUGCGACGAUGCGGCAAGAAAAUGGAGGUAAGCAAAGAAAGACAACCUUCUACGUGGCACAAGGCAGAGCGAUUCGUCGACUAGUCAUCCUUUACCACAACUUGGAGGACUUGAUCGCCGAAAACGAUCGCAGGCAAGAUCGUUCACAGCGUGGCUACAUUGAAUGCUCGCGGCUCAAGAAAGGAGCAGAUGCAGCUCGCGGCAACAAUACCUCCAGUCUUAAGGAGCUUGUCGCUACCUGGGUAAAUCAGGAAUUUCGCCUGUCUCCUCUAAUCAAGCCAAAUGACAAGCAUUUACGUGGCUUUGCGAGUGAUAUCUGUGGGAAGUUACUCUGCCCUGCUGAGUGGCACUGGGGAAACGAUAGUGUCAAGGUUGGUAUUCACAACAGAACGUCGGAAUACAUUGUGUCAGAGAACUCUUGGCCAUUAUUUGUAUAUGAGAACUAUCAAGUCAAUCGUAACAACCUCGAAGAAGGUUUCCUCAAGUCGAAGCUUCUGGUUCUGCCAUCUUCACAUCACCUUCCUCAGCAAGGGAAGCUGAAGGUGAUGGUUAUGGAGCUGAUAUUCUCGAGAAUAGCAGGCGCGCCCAGCGGAAAUCUGAACAGACGAAGGUUAAAACAUGUGUCACUUUGA